AUGUCAGCUUCAGAGUUCAGGAUUCCUUACCAGCCAGUAUCAUCUUCGCAGCCUUCGGAGAAUACAGGCCAGUUCAAGAUAUGCCGAUGUGGGGAGGGGGACCCAAACUCCCAGAGUAGUGAAACGGGUGAUAGCCCGCCAGCUGCAUGUCCUAACUGCCAGGUUCUUAAGAGUGGACAUUUGCUGCUUUCAUCUAAAGGGAUUGGUUGGACAACAUGGAAAAAGCGCUGGUUCAUUCUUACAAGGGCAUCAUUAGUGUUCUUCAGAAGUGACCCGAAUCAACCUCCCAGAGGAAAUGAACCAGUUGUUACACUUGGUGGAAUUGACUUGAAUAACUCCGGAAGUGUUGUAGUCAAAGAAGACAGAAAACUUUUAACGGUGUUAUUUCCUGAUGGCCGUGACGGGCGUACUUUUACUCUGAAGGCAGAAACUACGGAAGAACUCAAUGAGUGGAGAAGUGCAUUAGAGAGUGCUUUAGCGCAGGCACCAAGUGUAGCGAAUACAGUGGGGCAAAAUCCAAUAUUCAGCACUGAUGGAACAGAACCUUCUGAAGCUCCAACUGAACAGUCGGAGGAUAAAUCGUCUGUCAUUGGCAGACCUGCACAGUUUUCACUUGUAGAUCCUGAUGGUAGUCCAUCUUUCCUGGAGAAGGCCUUGAGGUUCAUUGAAGAUUAUGGUGUCAAGGUAGAAGGAAUCCUCCGUCAGUCUGCUGAUGUUGAAGAAGUCAAACGCAGAUUUCGGGAUUAUGAAAAGGGAAAGAACGAGUUCUCCGCAGAAGAUGAUGGACAUGUUAUUGGUGACUGUAUUAAGUGUAUCCUUCGGGAGAUGCCAGCAUCCCCAAUUCCUGCAUCAUGUUGCACCGCGCUGGUUACAGCUUAUCGAGCUGACAAGACAAGAAGACUUGAUGCUAUAAAUAAAGUGGUAUAUGAAGUUUUCCCAGAACCAAAUCGACAAUUACUCCAGAGGAUUCUUAAGAUGAUGAUGGUCGUUGGAUCACACAAAGCUGUGAACAGGAUGUCUAAUUCUGCUUUGGCGGCUUGCAUGGCACCACUCCUUCUUCGACCUCUUCUUCUUGGUGAAUGUGAAAUUGAUAGUGACUUUAGUAUGGCUGGGGAUGGUUCAUUCCAGCUGCUUCAAGCUGCCGCAGCCGCCAACCAUGCUCAAGCUAUUAUUAUCAUUAUGCUUGAGGAAUAUGAUCAGAUAUUUGAUGAUUUGGAAGAAGGUUCAUGUUCUUCAGACGCUUAUACUGAAUCUGACGAUGGUGAUGUUGACAAGGAAUAUUCCACGGAUAACGAAAACCAUGAUGACGAUGGUUCUUAUGAUUCUGGUGAAGAUGACAUUGAAGAAGACUUGGAUGAUAAUUCUGAACACUCUUCUGGCGGCAGUGAAUGUGAUGCCAAUAGCAGAAUUGAUGCCAAACGUGACAAGAUUGGCCAACCUCCUGCAAAAGCGGCAAGAACAGAACAUGGUGCGGAGAAAGAAUCAAAUGCAUCCACAGAUAAUAUUUCAAAAUCCCGUUCAGCAUCUUCGAGAGCAAAACUUCUGAAGUCAAGCAGCUCAGCUAAUAGGAGCAAAAGAACCUUAUGGGGCCGUACUUCAGCAAGAAAGGACCUGUCAACAGAGGAGGUUGAGUGUUGCAGUGAUGAUGAGGCUCUUAUUGAGAAGCUUGAGAACAACAAAGCUGAUCUCCAAUCUAAAGUUUCAAAGGAGGUCAAAGAAAAUGCAAACCUUCGGGCAAGUCUAGAAAAGCGAAAAGAAUCAUUACAUGAACGCCGUAUAGCACUUGAAAAAGAAGUGGAAAAUUUGCGAGACCAGCUGCAGAAGGAAAGAAGUUUGAGGACCUCAUUGGAGUCUGGGCUGAUGAAUAUGCGAAGAGGGCAGGUGUCCUUCCCGUCAUCAAUAGACAGCAAGACUAAGGCUGAUCUUGAGGAAGUUGCUGCUGCUGAAGCUGAUAUUUUGAACUUGAAGCAAAAGGCUUGUGAUCUCCGUGGACAACUCAGCAGCCAGGCCCCGCUGGGCUCCAGCUCGCUAUGCGAAUCAUGCAAUAAAAGACUCAUAAGUAGUGAAAACCCACUCGAGGAGAAACAAGAGAUUAGCUCCUCAGCCGAAGCAUCAUCGAUCGCUGGGUUCAGUUCUGUACCUCGUUUGGUACCCGGUACUGGUGGCAUGGCGGAGCUUGUCGAACAAUUAAGGAGGCAAGCUACACAGCAUUCAUCUUCAACAGGCGCUCAAAGAUUGGCAAGGCAAAACUCAAAUAGCCCACAUCUAAACAGGCUUCAAGGACCGAAUGCGUAUUCAAGUAUUAGAACGGAGGAACCUGGGGGCGGACCACCAAAUGCAUUAGCUAAGCUGACAAACCGGCUCAACUUCUUGAAAGAAAGAAGGGCACUGCUUGCAAGCGAGAUGCAAAACUUAGAUAUGGCUCGCCCACCAGCGGCACCACCUACUGCUCCAGCUCCAAAUAAAGACUCAACAUGAGGAUUGGGAAUAAGAUACUGCAUCAUCUUUAAGAUAGAAAAUCAAAUAGUGAAGGGGUGCACAUACGACAACAUCAGAGGGACUACUGUGAGGCGGAGAUGCACAUGGUGAUCUUACCAUGAGCUGGACCCAGUUCAAGAUGCGUGCUCGUGUAUUUUCACUGGAAAAGGAGCAUCUCUGCUAGUGUUCACCAACAUCACUGAUCGCAUGAACUGCCAGGUUUUAGAGUACUGUAAUUAAUUAACCACUCAGGUUUACUGUGUCUUCAUAAUGAUAUGUUAAAGUAUUGUAGCAAGAUUGACUGCCGAUCUGCUUUGCAUUGUGGCUUGUAUAAAGAUAUCUUUAUAAACUGAACCACAGCCAGAGUGCUCUUCCAAAUACAG